AUGGCCGCCAGGAAGAGCUCACAGGAAUCAGUGACGUUUGAAGAUAUAGCUGUAGACUUCACCAAGGAAGAGUGGGUCCUGCUGGACACAUCCCAGAGAAAGCUGUACAGAGAUGUGAUGCUGGAAAGUAUCAAUCAUCUGGUCUCCGUGGGCUAUCAGAUAUUCAAAUCAGAUGUGCUUUUCCAAUUGGUGCAAGGAAAAGAGCUGUGGAGUCAAGGAAGUGGAUUUCUCCAACACCAGAGUCCAGUUCAAAUGAGAAAGAAACCUCCUCUCAGCAAACACUGUGCAAAAUCACUUCAUGAUCAGUCAUCCCUUUAUCAAAUUCACACUAGCGAUGUGUCAUGUGAAUGUAAUCUAUGUGGGAAAGCCUUUAGUAAUUUCUUUAGCCUUAGACGACACAAGAUGAUUCACAGUGGAGAGAAACCAUAUAAAUGUCAUCUAUGUGGGAAUGUCUUCAGUCAAAGCUCGUACCUUAGACAACAUGAGAAAACUCACACAGGAGAGAAGCCAUAUGAAUGCCAUGUAUGUGAGAAAGCUUUCAGCCAAAGUUCUUACUUUAGGAAACAUGAGAGAAUUCAUCCUGCAGAGAAACGUUAUGAAUGCCCUCAGUGUGGGAAAGUCUUUAGUCAAAGCUCUGGCCUUAGCCAGCACAAGAGAAUCCACACAGGAGAGAAACCACAUAUAUGUCUUCUAUGUGGGAAAGACUUCUGUCAAAGUUCUGAACUUAGACGGCAUAACAGAACACACUCAGGAGAAAAACCAUAUGAGUGUCAUCAGUACGACACGAGGAAACCCAACAUUGAAGAGGAAAUCAUGAAUGGCUUCAGUGUGGAAGAAACAUGA